AAGAGCCGCGCCGGUUUGCAAUCUCAGCCCGUUUACACAGACUGGCGCGGCGGCGGUUUCUCUCUCGUCACGCGCAAGACCCAGUGGGGAGGAGCCAUUGGCGUCUCGCCUCCGCCCCGAGCAAGCAGCUUUGUGCUCGCAUCGAGAAACGUCACUUAGGUCGCUCUCUGAGGCGCAAAGCAGCGGAUUCCGCGUACACGGUCAACACGGCUGAGCGGCUCCGGACAGUCAUGGAUACGCUCAUUCUGUACAAAGACAUCUUCCUGCAGUAUUUAAACCAAGUAAGAAAUACUGUGAAUGGAAAGUGUGCUGGGAUUGAGUCCUGGCAAUUGAUCGCAUUGACAGCUGCUGCUACUCUCCUGGUUGUGAAGCUAUACAUGUUCCUCUUCCAAGAAGAAAGUUUAACAUCACGAUCUAAAAAAUACUUCUUCAGAGUUGUACGCAAGCUACCUAUAAUUGGUUAUUUGAUACAAAAGGAGAUGAACAAGACGACGGAGAAGAUGGCUGCCAGCUUGAUGUUCUUGCAAGGAAAAAGUCCUUAUAUCAAGGCCCUACCAGCAAAAGGCAUGACUCAACCAGACUUGAUAAAGAAGUUAAAAGAAUACAGCUCUAUGGGUGAAAUACGAUGGGAAGAUGGCAAAGUGUCUGGCACUGUGUACAGUGGGGAAGACAGGCUCACUAAGCUGUUCGUUAAGGUUUAUGAGGAAUUUGCAUGGAGUAAUCCUCUUCAUCCAGAUAUAUUUCCUGGUUUGAAGAAGAUGGAAGCCGAGGUGGUGAGAAUGACUUGCACACUCUUCCAUGGUGGUCCCAGUUCUUGUGGAACAAUGACUUCUGGUGGGUCUGAGAGCAUCAUGUUGGCCUGUAAAGCCUACAGGGACCUGGCUUAUGAAAGAGGAAUCACAUCCCCAGAAAUGUUGAUUCCAGCGAGUGCACAUGCGGCAUUUGAAAAAGCUGCCAGUUAUUUCAAGAUGAGGGUUGUGCAUAUUCCAUUGACCAAAGAUAUGCAAGUGGAUGUUAAGGCUAUGAAGAGAGCCAUUUCCAAGAAUACAGCCAUGUUGGUUUGUUCAGCACCCCAGUUUCCUCAUGGGAUCAUAGACCCAAUUGAGGAGGUAGCAAAGCUUGCCCUGAAAUAUAAGAUUCCUUUCCAUGUGGAUGCCUGCCUAGGUGGCUUUCUCAUUGCCUUUAUGGAGAAGGCUGGUUUCCCUCUACAACAGCGUUUUGAUUUCCAAGUGGAAGGCGUCACCAGCAUUUCUGCAGAUACCCAUAAGUAUGGCUACGCUCCAAAGGGCUCCUCUGUGAUAAUGUACAGCGACACAAAGUAUCGGCAACACCAGUUUUUUAUUUCUCCUGACUGGAUAGGAGGGAUCUAUGCCUCCCCUACAGCUGGUGGUUCCAGGCCUGGUGGCCUUAUUGCAGCUUGCUGGGCGACGAUGAUCCAUAUAGGAGAAGAUGGCUAUGUGGACGCCACUAAGAGCAUAAUUUCAGCGGCACGAUACCUUAUAUCAGAGUUGCGGAAAAUUGACCACAUUUUCAUCCUUGGAAACCCUGAGGUAUCUGUUGUUUCGUUUGGGUCCAACACAUUUGACAUAUUUCGGUUGUCAAGUGCCUUACUGGCUAGACAAUGGGCUUUCAAUUCUCUGCAGUACCCUUCAAGCAUUCAUUUUUGCUUAACACUGUUGCACGCAAAGCCUGGGGUGGUGGACCUAUUGUUGAAGGAUAUCAAAGAGUGUAUUGCGGAGAUCGUGAAGGACCCCAAAGGCAAAACCAGCGGCUUGGGAGCUAUCUAUGGCAUGGCCCAAGCCAUACCCGACAAAAGCAUCGUUUCGGAGAUCGCUGGAGCUUACUUGAACUACCUGUACGUCACGGAGAAUGUUCCUUCAUCUGAUGAACACAUGAAUGGUUCUCCAGGCCACCACUGAUUCUGUAGCAACAUGUACCUCAACUGCUGGGUGGUGGUCUAAGGAAUUCUAGGGAAAGAGAACAACGUUUGGAAGUUGUUCCUUCAGCAGUUGCAGGGGCCACACAUGGCUGCUUGAUCAUCUGUUCCAUAACAUCUCUCCUUUUAUGUGAUAAGAUUAGGCUGUAUCCCCCCGCCAAGUUUCCACAAGUAGUCUCUCUCUUUGUUAAUACUCUUUGUAUCCUUUCAUGCUAGCUCACUGCCGCUGCUAGUCCUCAGAGGAACAGCCAUAUGUAUGGCCAAUGCAAGUUCAUUCCACCAACCUUCCUACUCAGGGCUUUGAAAAUCUGUCCAUUCCUUACCUUUCUGUCGUCUGACUUUCGCUUGUAGGACUGCUGAACAGUGAGCCAAUUUAAAAGUUUGAAUAUUAGUUUCUCGGACUUUGGGAUAAGAAUUGAAAGGGGGGAUUUGUGUUCAGGUCAUUGUAUGGGAAUUUGAUCUGAAUCCCAAACCAAUGAGAUAGUAAGAAGGAGAUAGGAGGAGAAAUGAUAUUCUGGUCAUUCCCAGGGUCCAGCGUACUGUUACCUUGCUGCUUUCCUUUCCCCCUGGGACUUUUACAAUCCCACCCACAGUCUUCUUCAGUCAUGCAUCUGUGUGGAGGCGCCAGGGGCAAAAUGGUGCCUCUUUUAUGGUCUGAAAGUUUUGCUGUAGCUUCAGACACUGCACUCCAACAGCAGGGAGAGAAAGCUAUUUGUGAUUCCUAGGUGCCAGUUUGAGAAGUCCACAUACCUAAGCGGCUCCGCCCUUUGGGCUCUGUAAUGUUGCCCAGAGCUUUUAUAGACGUGCGGCACCAGUGGUAGCUUUCCAAAUUCAAUUAUGCAAAAUGGUGAUUUUGUUUUCACGUAGUACUUUUCAUGCUACCUGCUGUUGUUUUGUGUGUGUGUUUGUGUGUGUGCUGCAUUGACCGUAAGGCUCACUUUGAAGAAAGAACUCACAAAUUUGCCUUAAUGUUGAUCACAUCCCUUCUGGGAAGGCAGGAAGGGGGAAGACGACUCAGUCAGUCAACAGCUGAUCAACUCCUUUAUGGUACUACACUGAAAAUAACCUCAAUGGCAAGUCAGCCUCAGGUAUCACACACUCCACCCUCAGUGCGUCAUAUUAUCUGAGCCAAACAUAUUUGUAGAUAGAACAGUAGUAAAUUACUGUGAUGUGGGCUACCUGUGGCCUAGAGGGUGAUCUGAAUUGCAUCGAGACUCAACCCCAUCUCAGUUUGCUUCUGGAAAAUAGUUGCCAUUCCUAUGUGAAGUGUAUUGGACAAAGGGAGGUCAUCAUUAGCUAGUUCCAGACCUUGAGGAGAGGGAGGAGUACAGGUUUAGGGAGCUCUUUAGCCAUUUCUACACAGCUCUAGGUACUUCACUAGCUUACAUAAAGGUUUAAUUACUUCCCAUUAUCUGUGCUCCAGUGAAAGAAGCAUGAAGUUGAAUUUACCAAUAUAUAAACCUGUGAAAAGCUCAGCCAUUACUACACUGUUCUUGGUGGCAUGGUGUGUUCAGGCUGGAGAUCCAUUCACUUCCCACCGCUGUGAAUAAUAGUUUAGUCCUUCGUAGCCAUCUUUCUCUUUUAAUUUUGAAUAGUGAAAGCUUUGAAUUGAUAACUGCUGGUAUGUUUCCACAGAUGCAGAGGGUACAGUUUCCACAGCACUGCAUUAUGUUGUUUAAAAAGAGAAACCAUUGACUGUCACAUCCUUACCCUGUGUAUGAGUCAACCAAAUGUUGUUGCUCAACAAGUCAUUUUCAUUCGGGAAAUGACUUGUUGAAUGAAGCUCUUGUCAGUUUCUGAAAGCUCCGGAGUUGAGUUUUGCAAUCGUAUCAGGAAUUCAGCUCCUGCUGGCAUAUUACUUUAAAGAAACUUCAGUAUGAAAUUGCCUCGGUGGUACUUUUCUUUUGAAUGCAUAACCCCUGUUUACUUUGUCAUGCACCAUGUGAAAAUUUUCAGGUUUAAAGUAAAAUUUUCUAAGGCAACCCCCGCCUACCCCCGAAACAGUAUUGUUGGAUAACGUUUCUAUGCAAGAUUAAAAUUUAAAUGUAAAGCCGUAUUGACCAAUAACAUCUGGAUUUUAAGGGCUUAUUUGUUCCUGAAGUACAGUAUUAUUACAAAUGAAGUUCUGCUCCCUAGCUUUUUAUUAACCUUAUUCCAAAAAUGUAGAAUUCAGUUAACUGGUAAUGCUAUAUUCAGUUUUCAUUAGAUUUGACAGGGAACUUGGAGAGAUUAUAUAAGAGGUUUCAGUCUCUUUGGCUAACUCUUCUAAAAAGCACACAAGUCUUUGUGGCACAUUUUUAAGUGUGUGUGUGUGGGGGAGUGAUUUGAGUUGAGUAUGACUCCAUAGGGGUGGGCAGGAGGAAGGUCAGAAUCAAUUGGUAGAUUUCUGUGUGAUUUGCAGUACAUUGGCAAUGGGGUUCUGACUCGCAGUUGCUUAACAAUAGGAACAACAAAGUGACAUUCUUCAGCUAAGGGUACAAUCCUAUGCAUGUUUAGACAAGAAAGAAAUCCUACAACUCCCAGCAUUCCCCAGCCAACCUAACACCUUUUGCUAUCUAAAUAUAUCAU